GUGUCUCAGAGGUGGCUGUCAUAUACAGCCCCACGCUCAUAUCCUUCUUCUUGUUCUACUGCUGGCCUUAUUGACCUGAUGUGCAAAAAGUCUUCCAUACAGCAUUUGCAUUGGAAAUAACUCAAAAGAUCUCAAAAUCAUUAUAUCUUGAUGCUGGAUCCCUCACUGUUUUGCAUGACACCAUCGAAGCAUUUGAAGAUGAUGCGAUUGCUCUUCCUGUGUCUGCUGCUUCUGCUGCCAGCUGCUUCUGUUUCAGAAGACACAGAAGGAUCAGGCGAUGCAGGUGUGGAUGAUGAGGAUUUAUACGAAAAAAAUGUUUCUGGUAUUUCAGACAAAACUUUCUUUGGCUCAAAUGCUGGUAAAACUACAGGAGUAGAAGAUCAGUCAGAAGAGAACAAGUUCACCAUGAUUAUCAUCAUCACAGCUGUGGCUGUGUUGACUCUUUCAGUUGCAGCUAUAGUCACUAUAAUGUUAGUAAGGCGGAACAUGCAAUAUCGGCAGCAGGGAAUCUACUCGGUGCCUACGGAACAACAGAAAGGGGCAGUUCCGUUCCUGGUGGAGUAGCAGUCAGAUGACUCAUGGACAAGAAAGGAGCAAUGCACCGGGCUGUGUCAUCUCCUACUCUUUAACUCAGGACAGUUUGACUUAUAUGCACAACAGCCUUCUUCUUACCAUUCCAGUUCACUUUUUCCUCCUACACAAACUCAUAUGAGUACAUAUAUAAUGGGUUUCACUCUUAUAUACUUUUCCUUCGUUGUCCAUAGCGAUUCUGCUCCACAUACACACUGUUUAGCCUGGGACAUUUGGAAAGCAUUCAAACCUUCUAAUUGGAUUCUAUUUGAGGAAUCCAAAUCAAAGCCAGUGAAUAUGGCUUAAAGCUUCUUUUGUUAAAAGGGAUAAUUUAGCACAGCCACAGCUCCCCCUUUUUACUACCUGAAACAAGAAAUUAUUCCCACUAGCUAUGCACUGAAUUUGUGUUUGAUUCGGUGGAAGUGGAACAGACCUGUAUGUGUGAAACGGUCGAUGAGUGAGACAAAUCAUGCUAAUCCACACACUAAGCCAGCACAGUACUCACUUCAUUCUCCUAUUCACUCGUCUGACAUCUUCUGUUCGUGGCCCAUUAGGACUGACAGGAGGCAGUGUUAUAGGAAUAUAAAAAACCUGUUCCCCCUCUGCUGAACCUCAGGAAAAAAAAAGAUUCAAGUUGAAAUAACCAGUUUGAACAUAUUCUUGCAAAGCAGCAAAUUAAUCGACUGCCAUGAGUGAUGAUGUUUUCUUUUCCCCUUCUCUUUUUCGUUUUGAAAGGCUUUCACUUAAGUCUAGCAGAUUGUAAAUAGCUGUGUGAAUGCUGUAGAGAGUUAGAUUAAUGCCCCAGACACUCUCAGAGAGAAGCUGGAUAAAAUCUCACGAAUCAAAAUAAGUGUAGGGGGAUGAUUGAGAAAAUACAAUCCUUGCCUUUGUUUCAUUCAUACAGAGAAUGAUGGCUUCUCUGUUUUUACUUAAAUAGAAAUCAAUCAUGUUGUAUAGAAAAAAGCUUUCCAUACAAACACCAAAGGCACUGGUUGUUUUAUUUGUUCUAAUGCAGAGAGGGGAAGAGACUCUCUGUGGUAAUGGUUGAAGGGGAAGGGGACAUGCUCCUGUUUGACAUGACAGUAUUUCAUUUGUGGCUUCUUGAGCAGCACUUAUAAUAGAGUCAGCAGCAGUGGGAAUGGUAACAUGGGGUUAAACACUGGAUUUGUCAUAGCACGAUCUCACUUUGCUCUUCCACUAAAUCUUCCAGCUAAUCUCAUCACUGGGGGCAGGCUUUGGCUCCAAUCCAGCCAGACUUGAGAGCAAAAACAGUUGUGCAGUCACGUCUUCAUCAGGGUGCACAGUGGCUAUAGUAUGUCUGAGUUUAAGUCUUAAAAGUGACAUGUUCCAGUUUAUUUAGCACAGACAGUAGCAGAUGUGAUGAUGGUUUGUGGUUUUACUGUUCUUUUUUAGCACAGUGUGUAAAGUUUGUGUAAUUUCUCUUUACGUGUAAACCUUCAGUAUAUGUCAGCAUUUCAAAGUGACGACAAUUAGACAUGAAUUGCCGUACAAAACAUUUCUAAGUCUCUCGUCUACCUUUUUGUAUUUACUCAUUUACUAUUUCUCUAAGACAAACAAACCACAUUCAUGGCCAUUGAAUGCAGCAAAGUAUUCUCUUGAUUUGUUUCAGAUAUGUACGAAGUAUCAAUCUUGUGCAAAUGUCCAAAGAAAAAUCCCAAAUAUUGUUGCUUUAAGCAUGUCCCUAAACACUCUUUUCUCCUGUCUGCUUUGGCACUACUCAUAUAAGUGCAACAAAUGUAGCUUCAAAGCUUUUUUUUUUUUUUUUCUUCAGAGUGAUGUAUUUGAAAAGGUUUUUUUUAAUUUAUUUUUUUUCUCUCUGAAAAAGGCAAGUUCCUUUACUGUCCAGACCUGGGGCCUGUACUGUGAAGCAGGGUAUUUGGUCAGCUAGAUGACCUCAGGGUGAGCUCUGUGUUUUCAAUACUACGAAGGUCUUUCUCUUCAUAUUUUGUGAGCAGAUCCAGGCCCCCCCUGGCUAUGUGCAAACUACGUAUAGCGUGUAGGGCCUCGCCACUGUGGGGGCCCUCACUUUGAGCUUUUAUUCCUUCUCUCUCUCUCUGCACAUCAGUCUGAUAUUUGCAUGAUAAAUAUGAUCCAGGUAAUUCCUAUAAAAUGUUGACCAAACGUAAGGUUUACCUGGCUGUCACACAUUAGUAAAUUAACCCUAAAAAUAUCUAUUUUUGGAGAUCAGGCAGGCAGUGUUGGGGGUCCUCAUGUCAGAGUCUGCUUAGGGCCUCACUUUGGCCAGGGGCGGCUCUGAGUAGAUCAACUUAUGCUUAACACCCAACCUGCUCUCAGUAAUAAUCUGGAUGAGCAAUCAACCUGUAUGAAACACCCAUCUACUGACUAAUCAGAUCUGUUGAUCACAGAGCGCUUUGAGCUCAAUGUCAGAGGGGAAGAGCGAGAUGGAGAGACAAACAUUUCCUGCAUGAUUUAAAUAGACCCAUAAAAUAUAGAACUUUGACAGAUGUUGGCAGUGCUUUACAGCUAUCAUCAGACAAGACUAAACAAAGACACCUUUCACUUCUUGUAGGUGUAAGACAGAGGUGGGCAACUGCCGGCUGUGCUCCUCACUCAGUGCGGCUUGCAGGUCGAUUUUAAAGAUCAAGAAACUGUUAACAUGAAGAAAAUAUGAUGAAAUCUGCCGUGAACCAUGAAAAAUAGAGGCAUUUCUAUAUUUAUCCUCAGUUACUGGUGUAUGUUAGCAAGAAAUCAGAAAUGUUAUUGCCCGUCAGUUUUGCUGUAAAAGUCUUUUAUCAGGGUUCCUGCAGAUCCUUGAGAAGUCUUAAAAUAGACUUUUGAAAUUUAAGGCAAUAAAAGUCUCAGAGUCUAAUUUUAACGGGUAAGAGGUCUUAAAUUUUAAAUGGCACUUGAACGAAGACGUGUCUUCACCCAGUCUUUGUUUUUUUAUAGCAAAAUGUAUUAUAUUUUAAUUAUCGUUUUGCGUGUAUGCUUGUCCCCUGGAAAAAUCAGAAUAAACUUAUGAUUGUCCAAGUCCCAAGCAGGGUGCAUAGAACACACUACCAUGAUUUAGUACUAGAUUCAGGCAAGAUAAUAAAUAUGAGGACUUUCUAUAGACUAACACUAGACUAAAUCUAUCAAUAGUAGAAAUGACUAAAAUGUGACUAAAACUAAAAGCCAUUUCAUCUAAGGACCAAGACUGAAAUUAAAAAUAGCUGACAAAAUCAACACUGCCUGUCUAAGCCGUAGCACAGAUAGCAACUGCUGUAGGUUACCUUUCUAUCUAGUAUAUUCAGACUAUAAACAGAGCUUUAAAUUCAUUCUCGUACUUACAUUAUUCACAUGGCAGGCAUGAGGCUCUAAUUGGCGCUAAUGUGGCUCAUCUGAAUAUAUAAAUAGCAAAUGUUUUCAAAGAUGAUUAAAUUCAACAAAUUAAAUACUGUAGAUGAGCUUGUUGCACAUAGAACAACUCAGGUGUGACAUCAUUCCCAGCUCCGACAUCCAACUUCUGGGGUAAAUGGAACAUAGUAUAAUAACUCAGUGCAACAUUUUAGGAUUUUAGUCAAAAUCUGUACAUAUUUCAGAUUUUUUGGCACCAGUUUUGAACCAGUACACCAAAGAAGUCUUUUGAGAGGUAUCAAGGACAAUUGAGGACAGUAUGGCAUGCAAUUUAACUCAGACAGACAAACUGCCAACUGUAGUAGUAAGAUAUGGACCUCUCAGUAGCCAGAGAUUCCCAUCUCUGGUGUAAGAUAUAAAAUCAAGUGACUUGCUUUCAGUUUUAUUUUCCUGUUCAUUUUAAUGAGCCAUAUCGCUGUUGGGGUUGCAGCUGAAAUACUGCAUCUUAAACUGUUAGAUAUGACACAUUAGAGGAAUUGUCUAAUUCAAUGGAACUGUAUUUGGAUCUAUUUUAUGUAAGGAUGCUUAAAUGACAUCACAUGCCUUAAUUUGCACACAGCUUCAUUUUUUAACAUUUUGCACCAGGUUUUUGAAACAUAAGCCUUACAUACCUACUGAUGGUGAACAUGUUCAUUAUUGUGAUCAAGCAUAUACUGACCGUUUAUGUGAGCACACUCAUAGAAACCCUGGGUUUAUUGAUCAAGUUGAUAACCAGCUCAGAGGGAAUCAAAACUUAAAUAUCAUGGUUAGUGAAGCCAGGUAACUGAAGGAUACCUUGGGUAUGUUUAACUUGCUUCACAGUACAGGCCUCUGGGUACGGUGGCCCUAAAAGCUAAAAAACAACAACAACAAAAACAACUUAAAAAAGCAAUUACCGAGUUUUUCUCUCUAAAAACUGCUGGAUAUGCUCUCUGUUUGUUUUCUGUCUGGAUAUGUAAUUAGGUUGCAGAGUUAUCAGCUUGUAGAGGCACUGUACUUAAGAUAAUUUUAGACUUAUUGAGUUAUUUUAACUUCUUAUAUAUAAUAUAUUGUAUAAAAAUGUACUGAGCUAUGCAUUUUGCAUUGUGUCUCAUUCUUGACAAAAAUAUAGCUUUUGCAUAAAUCAUCUCUUGUAUGCUUGUUGAAUUCCUUGAGGCAGGUUGGAGUCAGCUAUUUGCCAAAGUUCUUUUCCGUAAAAUAUUUGUACUUAAAAGUGUAAUUGGAGCAACAAAGAGCUAAAAAUGAACCUUAUAGUGGCAUCUAGCCAAAACCUCAUAUCUCCAUUUUUCAUUAUUUUAUUUUAUUUUUUCAUAAAUCAUUGCUAUUGGUCACACUUUACAUCAAUCAAUGGGGUUUUAAACAAAUUCUAAAGCAAUAAAAAUGUCAAAAGAUGCCGACUAUGACCAUUCACUUUUGAAUUAAUUUGAAAAAUACUGCACUGUUUUCAUGCCCUAAAAGGUGGUGAUUCUGAAGAUAGGUUUUGGCCUGAUGCCAGCAUUAUAUCAAAUUCUUAUGUUUUUAUGCAGUUGUGUACUCAGACUAAUCCAUAUAGAUGUUUUUUCAAUGACAUUCAGAGGUUUUGGUUAUAUAAUAAUGACAAAGUGUAUAUCACAUAACUAUAUUUCUCACAAGAAAACAAGGUGAUUGUAUGUCAUCAUUGUAUUCUUUCUGCACAGCUGCUGUAAUUCUUAUUUCAUUCUUGUGUCAAUAAAAACAAUAAAUAGUGCUGUAUAUUAUGUUGGUAUACUGAACUGUGGAUUGUGUUACUUUUGUCAUUAAAUCUGUGAUAAAAAUGUG